AUGUUCAAGGCCAUCUUCUCUUCGGCCAAUAGCGCUAAACAGCCAAAGGCAUCUUCCUCUUCCUCACCCAAAAGCAGCCAAAACUCGCCUUCGUCCUCACCCACAAUGUCCUCGACCCCGCUUCUACCGCCUCGUACUUCGAGCUCAGUCUCGACUUCUUGGAAAGUGCCGCCUUUUCCUCACCCGUUGCCUGAGCGUCGGGUUGGCAUCAUGACCACCGAUCAAGGCCUCCUGAUAUAUCCUCGAACGUCUUCGUACUACCAUUCUCACCGGAAGAACCAUCGCCAUAAUGACUCAACAGCUUCGCACCAUGCCCAGCCGAAUACGACAGCAGUUCCCAAUACCACCGUUUCUCGCCCAUCGGGAUCUGGUGAUGGCUUCAAAGUGGCGACGAUCGGAACGUCAAGUAUCUCCUCUCUCAACUCAUCUCCUGGCUCUCUGGCUGCCACUGGUGCAAUACCUCCCAUCACCUCACUCGACAUCGGUUUCCUGAUCAACUGGAACAGAGAAGCCAAAAUCACCCUGUUACAGCCCUCCGAGUGGAAGUCGAUCUUGGACGAUGCGCCCAAUGAUACGCCAUUCUUGGAAUGCUUCGGCAUCGUCGGACUCUCGCGCUUCUUCAGUAGCAGCUACCUAUUCGUCAUCACCGACUCCAAAUUCAUUGGGCACUACUUUCACCACACCCGUCCGAUCUACUGCUGCACAGGCGUGCUGGCCAUUCCGCUUCUUCACCAAGAGGCCUCGCAGGCCGUCCGUUCUCAGCUGGCCAAGCUCGGAGGUGCGCUUUCAGAUAAUUUACCUGAUGCAUAUCCAGCUCAAGUCUCGACGUCAGAUGAAGAUGCAAGCUCGGAAAGCGGCCCAGAUAGCGAAAGCGACUCCUCCGAGUCCGACUACGACGACGUGGAGACACCGGCAGCUAUCCCGAAAGAACCAUUUUUCUCAUCUAUCUCUACCUCUCAGCGAGCUGACACGCUUCGCAUGCCCAAGUCACGACCUUGGCUCACCAAAGCUUCUCGUGCAGUCUCCGAUGUUCGUAUCGAGACCGUGUCGCAAGGGACUAUGCUUUCGGAAGAGGCUAUGCUUCAAUCCGAACUUGCAGACUCAACAGAAGCAUCCUCCAGCGCUGAGGUCUCAAAUCCUGGGACAACACCACCGUCUACAGAAGCGAUCGAACAACCCAUCAUUGCCGAUGCUGCAACGCCCGAGCAACAGUGGCAUGCAGCUAAGCAGGCCGAGCUUGAGGACAAGGCGGUGAGAGAAACGGCAAAGUACUGGGCGCGAGGAGAAUUUUGGUUCAGCUACGAUUUUGAUCUAACCACUUCGUUGCAGAACAAGAGACAAGCUCUUGAGAACAAGCCAACACGAAGCUCAGCCGUCGCAAAAAAUCCGGCCUUGCACUCUUCGCAUCAGGCUCAAGCAUCGACUGCGAGCUCCUCGGUUUUAACGCAAGCGCCUUCGUUCCCACUGCUCGCCGAGCCAUAUCCUAACCUUGCGCUGUGGAGAAGAGCCGACCGCCGGUUUUGGCACAACGAACAUAUGUCAGAGGACCUCAUCCACGCCGGUCUGCACGCUUACAUCCUGCCCAUCAUGCAGGGUUAUUUGCAAACCGUCACGCUACCCGUACAGCCCAUCGGACCGGCGUGGGCGGACGCUGGGUCGGACGCAGUGCUUCAAUGCCAGAUGAUGGUAAUUUCGCGUCGAUCAAAAGAAAGAGCUGGGCUGCGAUAUCAGCGCCGAGGCAUCAACGAGUCUGGUCAGGUCGCCAACUUUGUCGAGACAGAGCAGAUCCUGUAUGUAUUACGUGGACCGUCUGCAGCCUCGUCGGAAUCUGAGACGAUCGGAGACGUACUGUCCUUUGUACAGAUCCGGGGAAGCAUUCCGUUGUACUGGUCGCAAAGUCCAUUCUCGCUCAAGCCACCACCAGUGCUCGAGCGUACCGAAGCGGAAAACACGGCGGCCUGCCGCAAGCAUUUCGCAGCACAAGUUGAUAGAUAUGGCUCGAUCACGUGCGUCAAUCUUGCCGAACAAGGAGGCAAAGAAGGCGAAAUCUCAAAAGCGUACCGCACCGCUGUCGAGAAGCUCGGUGUCGGGGAGCCGUCUGACGACAGCACUUGCGAAAAGACGUGGGAUAGGAGCAAGCUGCAUUACGUCGACUUUGACUUCCACAAGGAAUGCUCCGGCAUGAAGUUUGAAAAUGUUGCCAAACUCAUAGCGCAGAUGGAGUCGACGCUGGGCGAGAUGAAGUACUACCAUCAUCGCACGCGCGGUGCGGCUCAGCAGGACCAAGUACAGGUGCUGAGCAGGCAGACUGGCGUUUUUCGCGUGUCGUGCUUGGACUGUCUCGACAGGACUAAUGUGGUGCAAUCUGCUUUUGCAAGGCAUGUGCUCACGGGUCAGCUUGCCAGUCUAGCCAUCAGCGUUGGGUCUCCUAGUGCUGUUAUGGCAUCAAGUUAG